AUGGAGGUACAUAUAGUUCCCUCUAUAUCAGCUGCAUCAACUAUUGCUAAAUUACGAGACAUCUUCGCUACAUUUGGUCUCCCGGAGCAAAUUGUGUCAGAUAACGGUACUGGCUUUACUAGUGUAGAGUUCCAGCAAUUUUUAGCGGCCAAUGGAAUAAAACAAGUCCUCACAUCGCCAUACCACCCAUCAUCCAAUGGACUAGCUGAGAGAGUGGUACAGACAUUCAAGAAUGCAGUAACAAAACAACAACAGGACUCUCUCCAGCUCAACUUUGAUGGGAGGAGGUUGAGGACUCAUUUGGAUCUACUUCACCCGGAUACAGCUGUGCGAAUGAAUGACAAGCAGGAGAAAAGUAUUCCAGGAAGAGCGCUGAGAUAA